AUGGAGUUCUGGAACCACACCACCACAACCAACUUCAUCCUUCUGGGCCUGUUCAGCCACACACCAUAUGCCUUGUUCCUUUUUUCCCUGGUCCUUCUGGCCUCCAUAACUGCACUGGCUGGCAAUAUUCUCUUCCUUCUCAUCAUACAAGCAGAUGUACGUCUGCACAUUCCCAUGUACUUUUUCCUGAGUCAGCUCUCCAUCAUGGACCUGACCAUGAUGUGCGCUGUGGUGCCCAAGAUGGUGACCAACUUCCUUUCAGGAAGUAAGCUUAUCUCUCGGGAAGCCUGUGGGACUCAGAUCUUCCUGGUGGUUAUGGUGGGAGGAGCUGAGUGUUUCCUGCUGGCAGUGAUGGCCUAUGACCGGUACGUGGCAGUCUGCCAUCCCCUAAGAUACCCUGCACUCAUGAACUGGAAGGUCUGUUCUCUAAUGGCCUUAGCUUCCUGGAUGGGAGGGGUGACAGACAGUGUGAUUGAUGUGGGGAUGGUCUUUAGCUUCCCCUACUGUGGCUCUCGAGAGGUGGACCACUUCUUCUGUGAGGUCCCUGCUUUGCUGCGUCUCUCUUGUGCUGACACCUCCCUCUUCGAGGACCUCAUCUAUGCUUGCUGUGUGAUCAUGCUGCUGCUGCCUCUUGGGGUUAUUGUGGCUUCUUAUGCCCGCCUUCUCACAACAGUGAUUAGAAUGCCCUCUACUGAGGGAAAACAAAAGGCACUAACCACCUGCUCCUCCCACCUGGCUGUGGUGGGACUCUACUAUGGGGGAGCCAUAUUCAGCUAUAUGCAGCGAGCUUCCUCCAGGACACCAGCUGGAGACCGAGCCACCUCCAUCUUCUACACUAUUCUCACCCCAAUGCUCAACCCAUUAAUUUACAGCCUGAGAAACAGGGAAGUAAUGAAGGCUCUGAAGAAGAUAUUGGGGAGAUAG